GCCGAGGUCCGGGCUGCCGCCCUCUGACGUCGUGCCGAGGGGAGGGCUGGGGUGCGUUUGCGCGGGCAGCCAUUGGGUUUUAUCUUGGACCACCCCAGGACACACCACCGAAGAGGAACGAGGCUAUCCAGAAAGCUGUCCAGAAGCCAGACUGCUGAUUUACAGCCAAAGAAUCGAAGUCUCCAAAACCAAUCCCUUGGCGACGACAGCCCGCUCUCAGAUCCUGGUGGGGCAGCGGCGGCGCGCAGAGACGACGUCCUAGCGUGGAUCCGGCGCACACCACUCGCUGUCUGAGACCUACCCGUUCGCGGCGGCUUGACAACCCUCAGCUUGCAUUUUCCUGAUCGCAAAACUCCGACGACACGAACUCUCCCUUCCUCUCCGGAAACAGCGACGACCCACGUCCCAUUCGAAGCAGAUACCAAUCAGCGCGAGCCAGCAGUCCUCCCCCACCAACCCCUCGAACCAGAAAGUAAAAAAAAAAGUCCCACGCGCCACGAUGUCCUCGCCGGCAAAGGCCGCCCCGGCCGUGCUGCCGGGCAAGGAGGAGGUCAAGGCCGAGGCCAAGGUGGCCGCGUCGACGGGGCUGGCGCAGCUGCGGUCCUUCGCGGCAGGCGGCUUCGGCGGCAUCUGCGCCGUUGUCGUCGGCCACCCCUUCGACCUCGUCAAGGUGCGCCUGCAGACGGCCGAGCGCGGCGUCUACUCGUCCGCCGUCGACGUGGUCCGCAAGAGCGUCGCCCGCGACGGCCUGAGGGGCCUGUACGCCGGCGUCAGCGCCCCGCUCGUCGGCGUGACCCCCAUGUUCGCCGUCUCUUUCUGGGGCUACGACCUCGGCAAGACCCUCGUCCGCUCCGCCACCGCCGAAGCCGACGCGCCCCUCUCCAUCGCCCAGGUCUCGGCCGCCGGCUUCUUCUCCGCCAUCCCCAUGACGCUCAUCACGGCGCCCUUCGAGCGCGUCAAGGUGAUACUGCAGGUCCAGGGCCAGAAGCAGCUGGCGCCCGGCGAGAAGCCGCGGUACAGCGGCGGCGUCGACGUGGUGCGCCAGCUGUACGCCGAGGGCGGCGUCCGCUCCGUCUUCCGCGGCAGCGCCGCCACCCUGGCCCGCGACGGGCCCGGAUCCGCCGCCUACUUUGCCGCCUACGAGUACAUCAAGCGCCGCCUCACGCCCGUCGACCCCAUCACCGGCAAGCCGAGCGGCCAGCUGAGCCUGACGGCCAUCACGUGCGCCGGCGCCGCCGCGGGCGUGGCCAUGUGGACGCCCGUCUUUCCGAUCGACACGGUCAAGAGCAGGCUGCAGACGGCCGAGGGCAACGUCUCCAUCGCGGGCGUGGUGCGCGAGCUCUACGGCAAGGGGGGCCUGAGGGCCUUCUUCCCCGGCUUCGGCCCGGCGAUUGCCCGGGCCGUGCCCGCCAACGCCGCCACGUUCCUGGGCGUGGAGCUGGCGCACCAGGCCAUGAACAAGGUGUUUGGCUGAGGGCUGGAUGGGUAGCGGGGGAUGAAAAAAUAAGUCGAUGUGGGUUUCCUGUGUUUGCGAUAUUGGGACUUUUGGAUACCUGUAAGCGAGGACUUGUAUAAGAGGCUACUUGCAUGGCAUUUUCACGAUAGAAAGCGUUACAAUUAAAGCCACUUUAAGCAUUUGGAAGUUGGGAGAACGGG